AUGCCCCUCUCUAUUUUCAAUCGUUCGGAGAUUGGAGACAUCAAGCCUACUUCCAUUUCUUUGCAGAUGGAUGAUCGUUCGUUGACUUAUUCGAAGGGGGUUGUGGAGGAUGUUCUGGUGUACGUGGAGCGGUUUAUUUUUCCUGCAGAUUUCGUGGUGUUGGACAUGCCUAAGGAAAAGAAUACUCCAUUGAUUUUAGGGCAUCUCUUUCUAGCUACUGCCCGUGCUUUGAUUGAUGUGCAAGAUGGAGAUCUCACUUUCCAAGUCAAUGAUGAAAAUAUGACUCUUUCUAUCUAUGAUGCUAUGAAGAAGCCACCCGAGUCGCAGAUUGAGGAUUGUAGCUUGAUUGAGACUUUAGCAGAGUUUCCUGCAGCUAUAGAAGAUCCCCUGGAGAAGGCUGAAAAAGUUGAUGCGGGUUUUGAGGAAGUUCAAGAAUACAAGCCUAAGGUGAAGCUACAAAGACGUUUGAAUCCGGCUAUGCAAGAGGUUGGGAGAAAUAAGCGUUGUGAGGAGACGUCUCUAGUGCUCAAUUGGGAGAAGUGCCACUUCAUGGUUCGUGAGGGAAUUAUUUUGGGGCACAAGGUUUCUGCCCAAGGUUUAGAGGUGGAUAGAGCCAAGAUUGUUGCCAUUGAGAAGUUGCCACCUCCUACAUCGGUGAAGUCUGUGCGGAGUUUUCUUGGGCAUGCAGGAAUUUAUCGGAGUUUCAUCAAUGAUUUCUCAAAGCUUUCCAAGCUACUUUGCGCUUUACUUGAGAAGGAUGUGAAGUUUGUCUUCACCGAUGAGUACCUUGUCUCCUUUGAGAAGUUGAAAGCUGCAUUGAUUUCUACACCUGUUUUGAUAUCACUUGAUUGGAGUGCCCCGUUUGAGUUGAUAUGA